UUUCAGCCCAAAUCGUCAUCUCCUGGCUGUGGCUGCCGGUCAAUGACAGCGGCUGUGCAUAAGCUCUGCCUAGUCAUCUAUUUCUAGGACCUUGCUAGUGUUCAUGCAUUCAUGUGUGCCUAUGGAUCGACAGCGUGGAACGACGUGUUGAGUUCGGCCUCGUUAUAGCGCUGCGCCGCUGCCAUAUCAAAGUGGCGUCGCUCUACUUGAGUCAAUCGCGGUCCCUCUUUGCCACGAGGUUCGCCCCUUUGAACGCCGACCACAUCCAUCAAAUUCGUACUCCAUGUCCAGCCAAGCCGAAGGAAAACUCAAAGCCCAUGGCUCGUGCCUCUGCAAAGCCGUUCGCUACGAGCUAAACGCCGACGCCGAAGUGCUAUGGUACAACCUCUGCCACUGCAAAGACUGCCAAAAGGCCUCCGGCUCCGCGUUCAUGGCCAAUCCUGGGUUCAGCAAAACUCAGUCGGAGUACAAAAUCACACAGGGUGAAGCCGCUCUCGGGAUAUGGACAGUAUGCGACACGACCUCAGGUAAACCAGUCGCCCGCUACUUCUGCACGAAGUGCGGGUCGCCCAUCAAGCUGGAGCUUCCCUUGAGCCCCCACCACGAACGCGAAACGAGCGCCGUGCUCACUCCCGAAGAGCUCGAGCGCCUCGACUACGUUAUCAUCCCAACCGGGACGCUGGACGAUCCCGUCGAGUGGACGCCUCAGCAGGAAAUCUUCUGCAAAGACCGCUUUUCGUGGCUCAAGGACGUCCAACUCGAUAUUCCGCAUGUGCUUGGACAGUGAAAGGGUCCGUAUCUGACUCUGCUCUGUCUCGGGGUAAACUCGGA